AUGAUGCCGUUGUCCGGGGCAGCUCCCAGGGAGAAGGUUACGGAAUCAUCCGUCGGUCUUAUCGUUAAUCUUCGGGCAGACGGUUGUUCAAUGGCAGAGAAGAAUCUAUACAGUGAUCUGCGAGUUCCGAAUCCGCAAGAAGGAUUGAUUGCACGAGUGGUAGAGAGAUCGAAUGAACCGACCGGACAUGAAAGUCUUGAGAUUCUAUCAAACGUUUCGAGACGGGAAGGACUAAGCAGUGAUCCUGAUACUAUCAUACCUGCUAAAGAGUUGGAUAGACUGCCUCUUGCACUCGCUACUGCCAGAGCAUAUCUUGAUCCAGCAGCAGUAGGUCUUUCGGACUAUUUACAUCUGUACAAGUAUUCAUGGAUACAACUUCAAAAAUCGAGUCCGGAACUGGACUCGUACGAAAACCGAAUACUCUACUCUACAUGGCAGAUAUCAUUCGAUCACAUCAAAACAGAUCUCUGGUUAGAGCUUCUUCGGCACUGGGUACAAGAACUGACAAAAGAUGAAACAAGCUUCCAUCAAGCGUUCGUAUUACAUUACCUUGUUGAUCCCUUCAAUAAAACAAACAGUGAGGUAGCAACUAUCAACUUUAUUUGUCAAACCACAGAUAUACCAGUACCUCAGAUCCUUAUGUUCGAUGAUACUGGUGAAAACGAGCUUGGAAUCUCAACUUGUGAAAGGGAAUCCGUCUUCCAGUAUAUUAUCGCUGGUGCCAAUGGAACACCACAAGACUCCCAACAGAUGUCACUUACCCUGGGACAAAUAGUGUCAAUGUUCUUCUUCUGGGGAGAUCACAUUACACAAGAUGUGCCUCGAGGACCAUUCACUAAUAGCAAAGACUGGCUUUGCGCUCGUCUCACCUUGGUCAUUAUCGACCAGGAAAGAAUUCUCAAAACAACCGAUGACGAAGACGAGAUUGAAGAUGCACAGGACGCCAAAAUCCUCGCUGAGAGACUUCUUAAACUACUACCCAACGUUUUUCCUACUACCGACUCUUCUCCAGAGCAAUCUGUGCUCUUCCACGAUGACUUAUCUUCACGGAAUCUCUUGAUAGACGACGACGGCACUAUCACCGGAAUCGUCGAUUGGGAGUGCGUCUCCACACUCCCAUUAUGGAAAUCCUGCGACUUCCCAGAAUUCCUUAAAGGAAGGGAAAGAAACGAGGAGCCGAACAGAAACCAAUACGCUCCGGAUGACGAGGAAAACGUCAACGAACCUGCAGCAGAUGCACUUGAUAAUGAAGGAAUUAACGAACUCUACUGGAUCCACCUUUUAGAGUACGAAUCGACAAUGCUCCGCGCUGUUUUCUUAGACGAAAUGCAGAAAAUUGCACCAGAAUGGAUUGAAGAGUCUACGAAAGGGGCAGUGAAAGCGGAUUUCGAAGCGGCGGUGCAGAAUUGUGAUAGUGGGUGGUCUGUCAAGUGCAUUACAGCGUGGCUUGAUGCACUUGAGAAGGGCGAGAAUUGGAGUUUGAGAGAGAAACUUAUUGAGUAG